CUUAAAGAAGGAUUGAAUCCUUGUGUGAACCCUUUGACCAACCUGCAGCAGCCUGGACUCUCUCCUGAUGUUUGUCUGAGUGUAAAUAUGAAAACCAGCAUCGAUUCUUCUCAUCCUCCAUUGCCUCGACCAGCUGCCACCUGUUCAUAUGAACCUAAAACACUGGACUAAACCACAGCUGGUUUGGAUUGGACUUCUUCUGUUGUCUCAUUGUACCUGGAAAUCUGCAUACCUUCAUACAGUCCUUAAUAUCGCCUCUUAACUUUUAGAAACAGUGAAACUUGCGAUGAUGUUCUUCUCCUGUUUUGGACGUUAAAACUCGCCUCAUCCCAGAUCACAGUGAGAUCUCAGUGUCUUCAUAACCUGAAACCUGCCAACCUGCCGUUUAAGAUGACUUCUAGAAGAAAUCCUUUGACAGCUGCAUCUUUGUUGAUUCUUAUGAUCAGAGUCUUCAGAGGAAAUACCCUGACAUGUGAUCCUGCAGAGUAUCAGAUAGGAAAUAAAUGCUGUCCUAUGUGUCCACCUGGAAAUAGAGUUAGAACAGACUGCACAGAGUUCAGGAGAACUUCCUGUCUGCCCUGCUUAGAAGGAACCUUCAUGAAUCAACCCACUGGACUUAAACAAUGUUAUCGCUGCACAAACUGUGAUGAAGAUCAUAUGAUGUGUACACUAGUAACUACUUUCAACAUGUGUAUCAUUUGUUCUUGUACAGGAACAGCCUCCAAAGACACUGUGUGCUCUGGCUGCAGAGAAGGAACAUUUUCAGAUGGGACAUUUACAUCUUGUCAACCACACACACAAUGUAAAUCAGAAAACCUUCAGCUGAUAAAACCAGGAACUGCUGCAAGUGAUGCUGAAUGUGGAGAAAGAAACAGUUUAAACGUGAUAAUAAUUGUGAUCAGCGCUGUAUUGCUUUUAUUAGUGAUUGGCUUUGUUUUAGUUCUCAUCUGGAAGAUAAGAAAACUUCUAGCAGCUCUAAUAAGAUGUGGAAGCCCUCCCACAGAGUGUACAUACUGUAUAUACAGGUUCCUGUAA